CCGGAAGUGGUGUAAUAGUUACUCGCUCUGUGUUUAGUUUGUGAGUUUGAAAGCGGACUGUGUGUGUUUUGGGCACAAAUGGAAAGUUGACCGCUCGGGAAUGGAAGAUGAGUCUUCCGUACGUGUGAAUGUCACCGCUCAAAAUAUGCCCGGUUAUACUGGACGCGACGGGGAGUCUGUUCAUGUAUCCAGCGGGACACGGAGCACUGAUUUCGGCCGGGAUGUCCGCAGCAGCGACGCGAAGGUGCCGUCAUCAUUAUCGUUAUCCUCGAAGGAUGUUUUGGAAUUUCACAAACACAAACAUGAGCCAGGAGGCAAUAACAGAGACAAUAACGAGAGGGAAAACAUAAGAGCAGUGGACAUUUUAAGAAGGAAUUUUGGUUCCACUAUCAAAGAUCCAGAAGAGCUGGAGAAAGUAGGAUUUGACAUCAAACUGAACGACUUGGAUCAUGAAAAGGAUGAUGAAAGGAUGCAAUGUAGCACAAAAAGUCUCCAGCAAAACAUGGAGAGCAACUCAGGAUUGGCAGAUCCUGAUGAGAAUCAUCAUAUUGAUUAUAAUAUUGAUCUGAAGAGUGGUGAAGAUCCCAGCCAAUCAAAAGAGCACGUUUACUGCACUGUGUACUGUAUUGCCAAUGAUAAUUAUAGGAUACCUGUUGAGAAAACAACAUCUGAUCAUCAUGAAACUACAUCAUCAUCAUCAUCUUCAUCAGAUGUGCUGGUUUUACCUCCCACCGACUUGCCAAAUUCAGAAUUGGAGCAUGAUCACUAUCCAGAGCCCUACACAAUCUCCGACCUGAUGCUGUCUGGAAUAAACAACUCUUAUAACACUGACAACAGUUUAUCUGUUGUGUUAACAUGUCGUAUUUGUCUUGACGACAAACAAACCAUACCGCUACACUGUUGCAAAAAUGCAGUUUGUGAAGAAUGUCUGAAAAGAUACAUCAUCUCGCAGGUUCAUGUGGGUCGGGCGCUCUUGGUGUGUCCCAUCACAGAGUGCAGUGGUUUCUUGGAGGAGAGCUUGGUGAUUUCAAACCUGUCCAGUGAAGAGCUGGCAAAAUACAAGUACUUCUUGGAGCUGAGCAGACUGGACUCCAGCACGAAACCGUGUCCCCAGUGCAGCCUGUUUACUUCCCUGAAGGGUCGUAACCAACAGACGGCCACCAAGAUUGAACAUAAGUAUAAGAUUCAGUGCACAAAGUGCCAGUUCGUCUGGUGUUUUAAAUGUCACGCGCCGUGGCAUGAAGGCCUGAAGUGUCGAGACUACAGGAAAGGAGACAAACUGUUGCGUCACUGGGCCAGUGUCAUCGAACAUGGCCAGAGGAACGCUCAGAAGUGUCCACGUUGCAAGAUUCACAUUCAGAGAACGGAGGGCUGUGAUCACAUGACCUGCACGCAGUGCAACACUAAUUUUUGUUAUCGAUGCGGGGAGAAGUACAGGCAUCUGCGCUUCUUUGGAGAUCACACCUCCAACCUGAGCGUGUUUGGAUGCAAGUACCGCUACCUGCCUGAGAAACCCCAUCUGCGCCGGCUGGUCCGAGGCUCUGUUUGUAUGAGUAAAGUGCUGGUGGCUCCGGUGGUCAUUGUCCUUGUGGUGGUUGUUGGAGCUCUGGCUUUGGUCAUAGGCUUGUUUGCUUUGCCUAUCUACUACAUCUGCAAGAGGAGGAGGAAGCGCUCACAGGGGUCAGGCCGCUGGCUGUGCUGAUUCAGCUUCGGUCAUCCUGCUCAGGACCUGGAUGCACAAACACACACCCUAAAAAUAGCCCUGGGUGCCAAAUGACCGAACACUGGCCACUUAGAUACAACAGUCACAACGUGCAGUUUUCCUGUUCGCUGCAUCUCGUGAAUAUCCUCAUUUGCACAGUGACCCUUUUCCUCCACGUGGCAUCUUUGGCAUCGUGAUCAAAGCCUAAUUGAGGAUAUUUCUGUUUUUGGAAUGUUUUAUUUAUAACCCCCCGAACGGAUUUGAAUUCACUUCAUUUUUAGGAAUGGAACUAUAGACUGGUAAUAAUUUCCUGCAGGAUGUGUUAUGCAGUGAAGCCACACAGCGUGAAUGAUUUUGUCCUUCAGUCUAUUUAUGACGUGCAUCAGAUGUUAUAAUCUGUAAGCGUUUAGUGCUCGAUGAUGGUGAGUUGAUGAAUUAGUGUCUGUCCCUCUUGAUCCCCUCUCUGUUCUUCCCUCCCCUUCAUGCUGUGCCAACAUCCGCAGGAAUUUGCAUGAUCAACAAAACACAUUUCUAUCUACUGCGCUGUGGAAAACAAAGGGCCCAAAAUUACAGGGGACUCACAGCUCCACGCCAAGACAUGUAGGUCAUCUAGGUCAUGCAAAUCAGUACUGUGUCAUAUAAAAGUGUUCAAGCUCUGUGUUUGCACAAAUCUAAAGCUGUAAACCAAACACUAAAUACACUGUGGGGUCCAAAACUCUGAGACCACUUUUGAAAAUGCCAUUUUGAUUUUCUCUAAUUUAAUAUUUAAAUUUAAACUGGUUCACUGCAAUUGUUAUGCUGAUAAUAUAAUUUGCAGUGAUAAAAACAUUUAGGACGUCCUAACUUAUUUUUUAUUUAUGUUGUUAUGUUUAUUAUUUAUAUUAUAUAAACAAAUAUAUAAAAAUGUAACUAUA